AUGGCUGAGGCAUUCCUCAAGCACUAUCAGUACAACACUGAUAUGGCACCUAAUCGCAUGCAGUUGCAAAAUUUGACUCAGAGGUCUGAGGAGUCCUUCAAAGAGUAUGCCCAGCGGUGGAGGGAAUUAGCUGCUAGGGUACAACCCCCAUUGCUAGAAAGAGAACUGGUAGACAUGUUUAUGGGAAACUUGCAAGGUCCAUACCUUGAUAGAAUGGUAGGGAACACCUCUUCAGGCUUUUCCGACCUGGUCUUAGCCGGUGAAAGGAUAGAAAAUAUGAUUAAAAUGGGAAAGAUCCAGAACUCUGCCAGUACUUCUAGUGCAUCAAAGAAAACUUUUGUUCCCUAUGGUAAAAAACGAGAAGGCGAGACCAAUGCUGCCUCCAUCAUUCGAACAAGAAAUCCCACUUAUCCACAAGUGGCUGCCAUAGCUCCCGUCCAACCAAGUCAACAACAACCAUUGGCAAUUCCUGUUCAAACUCAACAACAACAACGAGGAUCACUUGUGCAACUAAGGGAAUUAGGACCCCCACCAGCGGUUCUUCCUCCCGGUUAUGAUGCAAAUGCCCGUUGUGAAUUUCAUUCUGGCGCGCCUGGGCAUUCGAUCGAGAAUUGUAAAGCAUUAAAGUACAAGGUUCAAGAUCUUAUUGACUCUAAGGCAAUCACGUUCGCCCCCAAGAGGCCGAAUGUGAAUAAUAACCCGAUGCCCCCUCACAACAAUGCAUCGGUGAAUAUGAUGGAAGCUGACAAUGGGAGGAGAUUGAUGUCAUGUGUGGACGAGUUAAAAACACCACUCAUCGAGAUCAAGAAUGCUUUGAUGAAGAAUAAUACCUUUCCCAUCUGUGGUAAUGACUGUGAACAUUGUCUGAUUAACCCGCAACAAUGUAGAACAUUGAAGUCUGUCAUACAACAAUUAAUGAACCAGGGGAUCUUGGUGGUAGACUGCCCAUCCACAAACGAAGAUGUGUCUACCCUCGAGAUACCAUACGACGAAGUCCCUCCUCUGCAAAUUCCUUAUGAGUUCUCUCAGUUAACUCUGUCGACAAAUCCUAUUACUCCAAUCAUAAUAACAGUUCCCACACCAUUCCCAUAUGUUGACACCAAGGCAGUCCCUUGGAUGUAUGACACCUCAGUCUACAUUCAUGGUCAGAAGAUUCAAGAAGAACCGUUGAAGUCUAGCGACCCAAUGAUCAAUAUCACAGGCACUAGCGGAGUCACAAGAAGUGGAAGGAUAUUUGCACCGACACCCACUCCAGUUGGAACUAUCAAUCCUUCAACUUCAGACAAAGGCAAACAAAUUGAUGGCGCUUAG